AUAGACCACAUCCGGUGUACAUGUUUGCCAUGUUUUGGCUCUCUUGCUUCUUCGUUUAUCUUUAAAUUCAGCUUACACCAGUUUGUCUCCAACCGUCAUGUCUCGGGGUUCAAGUGCAGGGUUUGACCGUCAUAUUACCAUCUUCUCUCCGGAGGGAAGACUCUACCAAGUCGAGUAUGCCUUCAAAGCCAUCAACCAGGGAGGACUGACCUCUGUAGCAGUCAGAGGGAAAGACUGUGUCGUGAUCGUCACGCAGAAGAAAGUCCCAGACAAGCUGUUGGAUGCCAUGACGGUCACACAUCUGUACAGAAUUACAGAGAACAUCGGCUGUGUUAUGACUGGCAUGACUGCUGAUAGCAGGUCUCAGGUGCAGAGGGCUCGGUAUGAAGCAGCUAACUGGAUGUAUAAGUAUGGCUAUGAGAUCCCUGUGGAUAUGUUGUGCAAACGCUUGGCAGAUAUCUCCCAAGUCUACACACAGAACGCUGAGAUGAGGCCGUUAGGCUGCUGUAUGAUGGUGAUCGGGCUGGAUGAAGAGUUGGGUCCUCAGCUGUAUAAAUGUGACCCAGCUGGCUACUACUGCGGCUUUAAGGCCACAGCAGCUGGAGUCAAACAGACUGAGGCCACCAGCUUCCUUGAGAAGAAAGUCAAGAAGAAACUGGACUGGACCUAUGAGCAGACCAUAGAGACCGCUAUCUCAUGUCUGUCAACUGUUCUGUCCAUCGACUUCAAGCCCUCAGAGCUGGAGGUGGGAGUCAUCACAACGAAAGAACAGAAAUUCAAGAUUCUGUCAGAGUCUGAGAUCGAUGUCCACCUGGUGGCUUUGUCUGAGAGAGAGUGAGGAAAGUUGGCAACUGUUUUGCUGCCGGCUCUAAAAAAAGGAUAAACGGUAACACCAGAGAA